AUGGAUUGGAAAUCGGAUAUUAUAUGUCAAUUGAAAGACGAAAAACAACACUGGAAUGUGUAUGAUGAGAUUGUAGAACAUUAUAAUCGUCUUCUGGACAGCAAUACUAAUCUUCAAAUACGAUGCGUUAAAUUUGAAAAUGAUGUUAAUCAUUUGCGUUUAGCUAAUGCAGGAUUAGAGAAAGCAUCAGAAGCUAGUCAAGCAUUAGCAAAUGUUAAUAAUAAAUUAACAGUAGCCAAUGAAGAAGUUAUUAUGCAUUUACGAGAAAAGGGAGAACUCGCAAGAGAAGUUCUUCGACUAAAUCAUGCAUUAAAAGAAUCCAAUGAAAAAUCGACUGAUAAUGAAAUUAAACUUCAACAGUAUAAAAAUGAAAGCGAAAAAUUAAUGAAGACAGUCGAAAAAUUAGAAUGUGAAGUCAAAGAACUGGUGGAAAUAAAUGAAGUUCUUCGAGAGGAGUUUUCAGCUGUUCAAAAUCAAUUUGACCAAUUACAAGUAGAUUAUAAUCGGAUAAAACCAUCUUUUCGUGAACUUGAACUAGAAUUAGAAAAAGAAAAAAGGAUAAAUGCACAACGUGAAACAGAACUCAUUGAAUGUAAAAAAGUCCAAUUAGAAAUGCUCAAUGCUGAAGUUGAACGGUUUAGUAGACGAACUGAACAGCGUCGCACAUCGGAAACUGCAGAUGGUGGUAUGAGCUCGAUUUCAAGGGACCAACAUUCAAGUAGUACCGUUUGUAGAAACUCCAAUGCUGCAUCAAUGAUGAAUAGUGAUACAAUGUCAAUUUCUUCGGAUGACUCAUCGAAGCGAGAGGGAAGAAGUACCACAAGCGGUUCAAUGUCUGGAGGAGGAAGUUUAUUAGGAAGUAUUCGACGUAUAUUUGCUCCAGGUGCAAUCAAUACUACAAAUGAUAAACUCUAUCGAACAUCGGCAUGCUAUGUUUCAAGUUCUGUUCCAACACAUGAAGUCCAUCAUUGGGAUUGCACUGAAUUAGAAGUCUAUACUCUUCUAUUUCAACCAUCGGGAUCAAUCUUAGCGACAGGAUGUAGUGAUAAAAUGGUUCAUCUAUGGGAUGUUUCAUCGACAGGUCAACCGUAUAAAUAUGGUUCACUUGGUGGUAGUCUUGGAGCAAUCAAUGCACUUGAUUUUGAUAAUGAAGGAGCUCGUUUGCUAGCUGGCUGUUCAAGUGAUACAGCAUACAUUUGGUCAUAUAGUGAUAAUCGAGCGCUUAAACAUACAUUCACCGGUCAUAGUGGUAUUAUACAUACUUGUAAAUUUAUUUCUGGAACUAAAUUAGCAACCGGUAGUGCUGAUCGUUUAAUUAAAAUAUGGGAUUUACAAAGUCAACAAUGUACACGAAAUUUAUUUGUCGGAUCCAAAUGUCACGAUUUAGUUGUAAUAGAUGCAAUUGGUACAAUGAUAAGUGGACAUUAUGAUAAAAAAAUUCGUAUAUGGGAUGCAUAUAUGGAUAAAUGUCGAACUGAAUUACAAUGUAAUGCAGCAGUUACGUCGUUAUACUACAAUGCCGAAAAGCAUCAAUUAUUAGCAUGUUUAAGAGAUGAUACACUUAAAUUAAUUGAUUUAAGACAAAAUAAUGUUCUAUAUACAUUUAAUCAUGAUGAUUUCAAGGUGAGUACAGAUACAAAUAAAGCUGUCUUGUCACCGGAUGGGCGCUAUGCGUGUGUUGGUUCUCAAGAUGGAACUAUAUUUAUAUUUAAUACGACAAAUGGAAUGUGUGAGAAAGAAUUAAGCAAAAAGCAUACAACCAUGGUGACUUCCGUAGCAUGGCAUCCUGAAGGACGAUUUGUAGCUUCUUGUGAAAAACAUCGGCGCGUAGUUCUUUGGAGCGAUUAG